CUUUAAACAGCCACAUCACAUGGAGAUCUGGUUACAGAUAGGGAAUGAAAUAAAGGGAGCUGCGAGAAUUUGGUUGUAUCCCAGGUUGAACAGACUCUGCCUAGCACACACCUGACUCCCUUAUCUUUCAUCAUGACUUUCAACGGUAACUGGAAAGUAGACAGAAGUGAAAACUAUGACACAUUCAUGGAAGUUAUGGGUAAGUGCAAAGCAUUAUAUUAUAUUUACAUAGAAGUAAGUUGCAAACAAUCUUUCAAUUGCCUUUUGCUUUGAGGAUUUUAGAAUAGUCUGUAUUGCUCAGGAACAUGUAUGUAGCAAACAGGGCUAUUCACUGAACUGCACAUUUUAGUGAAAUGCGAAUGCAAAAAUGUAAGGCUAGUAUAACCAAGCUAUGUCUAAUAGGGGUUUAUGCUGGGUAACUUGGAAAAGUUACUUUAUUAAACAAAAGAAUUGUAUUUAUUAAAUCAGGUCACUUUUUCAGACACAGAUUUGGCACUCUUUAGUAUAGCUAUGGGUAGCCAUCUGAUCGACUGAGAAUCAUGGGAAACAAAUUACCCAGAAGCUAAAGUGCUAGAGGUAGUUUUGGUAUAUCACUGUUUUAGUGCAGACAUUAUGUCAAAUACUAUAAACAGAAAAUAGUAUAUACACUACAAAAUAAAACGUAUAACUGGAAGAAUUCCUAGGUGUACCUCACAGACACCCAAGAAACAAUGUGAAAUAAUGAAAAAGUGGAAAACACCCAGAAUACGUGUAGGUUACUAUAUAAAAUAUAUAACAACCUGAUGGAAAGUGAAAUCCGUAUGAAUUCUGUAUAAAAAUCAGAAAUUUGACAUAGCGUGAUACAGUUAAGUAAUUCAACUUUAUGAAUAAAAAUGAUUAUAGAUGCACUCACAAACGCGCGUGAAAUAGAGCUUCUCGCCCACCCAGGGGCAGUAUGUAAUCCGAUGGAUGAAUUAGAGAAUUACCUCAUAGGAUAUAUAAAAAUAAAGGAAAAAACAGAAUAGUGAAGUUUGUUAUAAAAAGGACAAAAUCACAUUUAUUGGUCACACUUACAUGUGUGUAAAUCACAAAGAGCGUAUCUCUCAAUAACUUGGAACUCCAUGCAAUGUUGUCAUCAACGUACUGGAUAUUUUAUAUUGUUUUAAUUGUUUUAUUUGUAUUUUUGGCUACUCAUUUAUAACUACUCCUGUUCAUCCCUAUUCCUGGAUUGAUGACAACAUUGCAUGGAGUUCCAAGUUAUUGAGAGAUACGCUCUUUGUGAUUUACACACAUGUAAGUGUGACCAAUAAAUGUGAUUUUGUACUUUUUAUAACAAACUUCACUAUUCUGUUUUUUCCUUUAUUUUUAUAUAUCCUAUGAGGUAAUUCUCUAAUUCAUCCAUCGGAUUACAUACUGCCCCUGGGUGGGCGAGAAGCUCUAUUUCACGCGCGUUUGUGAGUGCAUCUAUAAUCAUUUUUAUUUAUAAAGUUGAAUUACUUUACUGUAUCACGCUAUGUCAAAUUUCUGAUUUUUAUACAGAAUUCAUAUGGAUUUCACUUUCCAUCAGGUUGUUGUAUAUUUUAUAUAGUAACUUACACGUAUUCUGGGUGUUUUCCACUUUUUCAUAUUUUCAUUAUGUCAAAUACCAUCAGUUGUUUGCAUUACUUCAUAGAAUGUUUUUGAAAGAUCUGAUGAAAAUCAGAGGUUUUCACUAAAGUGUGAAUUGUGAUUUUAAAGUAAAUACAAACAGGAAUCGUCAGGAAUUCAAAGUAAGUUCAAAGUAAAUUUCGAAUUUUUUAAAGUGAGUUUUGCUUUCAGUUGAGCCAUUUUUCCCAAUUUAAUUUUUAUUCACUUUGAUUUCUCAGCUAUUUUUACUUUAGUAAACAACCCUGAAAGUAAAUUUAAAAAUGUAUAAAUUUUAUAAAAUGUACACUUGCCUCCAGCCAUUGGUGAGUGAAAAUGUAGCCAUUGGGAGUAGGAACUCACCUCCAGUGAGUGUUUGAUGUACCCUCCAGACCUGCGAGUAACAUUUUAAGACUUGCCAUGGUUAAAAUGAAUUGCAAGUUUCGGAGUUAGAAAAGGUCUCCAACAUAGCUAUAGUCUCCUAAAGCUCUCCAACACAGCUAUGAAAAUUUUGAUUUUCAUGUUUUAAUUAAACUACAGUUUGGAGUUAGAGGAAAAAGCAUGCCUGUCUAGGUCCAAUAUGAUUAGUUAAUAGUUGUUAGCAAUCUGUCCACGAUGAUCUUGUUUUUGUGAGUUAAGACUAAGGUUAAAGGGGUGUGCACACAAACAUUUUAUACGUUUAACAGCAGACGUAAAGAAGAUAUGUAAAUGCCAGUUUUGUUAGAUUUUUUUCCCCACUUUACAGCAUAUGGUAGUAAAAUAAAAAACAAAUGACAAAUUAUUAGUAAAAAGAUUUCAUUUUAUCAAAAUCUUCACAGCUUGACUAUUUUAGUCUGAAUUUUGCAAAUAAGUUUUUCAAUUUAUUACCAGUCCAGUGGGUUAUAAUUACUUCAGUGGGUUUCCUUCUAUGGAUAACUGGUGUUUGAGAACUUCUUCUACCUUCAUCUAAACGCUCUUUUCUGUGGAAGUGCCAUCAGUAAAAUAAGCAAUGUGAACUAUUUUCUAGGUGUCAAUAUCAUGAAGAGAAAGCUGGCAGCUCAUGACAACCUGAAGAUCACCAUUCAGCAGGACGGAGAUAAAUUCAGUGUUAAAGAAUCCAGUACGUUCCGAACAAUUGAAAUAAAUUUCACUCUUGGAGUCUCCUUCGAUUAUGCCCUGGCUGAUGGAACAGAGCUCAGUGUAAGUUACAACUGGUCUAUAUAUCUACCCAGCCUGAACCAACUUGUCUUAGGGUUAUGUUCAAUCAUUCAAACAGAAGAAGGGUUUAUUAAGGCUAUGUUUGCUAUUUUUUUUUGUUUUUGUUUAUUCAGGCUGUGAAUUAUUGUGAACUUCAAACUGACCAAAAAUCUGGACAGACAUUAUUAUGGGUUUUUUCCAAUUCAGCUAUUUGUCUUCUAAAUUCACUUUGAAUUUAUGAAAACUCCCACUUUAAUAAACAACCAUGGGGUUUAUUCUCAAACUGAAAUCUGGACCAAACAAGCUAAUCUUGAAUAAUUCUCCAAUUUGUCUAUAGUCACAACUUGGCUGCUUUAGCCUAAAUGUUGACAUUCAUAUUUUAAUUGACUAUAGUGUGGAGUUUAGUAAUUAUACCUGCCCUUCUAGGUCCAAUAUGAGUAGUUAACAACCAUUACCAAACCUUCCAUAAAUUUAAAUGAUCGUGUUAGUGUGAGAUAAGACUGCCGCUAAGUGUGUGCACACAAGCAUUUUGUACAUAUUAUAGCAGAUUAAUGACAGAACAUUAAGACAGAACAAGUACACAUACCCUCGGUCAAACAGACCAAGUCAACAAAAGAUGAAUAAGGUGGCAGGUUCAGUUUAUUCAUUUAACAUGGGAAUUUUGAAGAGGUAAAACUAAAAGGAGCUUAUGUGUCACCACCGGAAAAGGUGAAAGGUGGGUUGGGUGGGGUUGGUUUGGGAGUGGUGAGGAGGGACUCUAUUAUGCUUUGUUGGUUGUUUAUUUUAUAUUUUUGAAUUUCAAAAGAAAACAUGUUUGACAAAGAAAAAUGAUCUCUGUGAAGAACAAGUGAAAUGGUCCUUAUACAUCAAUUAGAAUGCACAAUGAAAUUUAGUUGAUAUAGCUAAUUGUCAAUGCAAAUACACACUAUUAGUUUGUAUAUUUUUUCAGUUCGGGGGUUAUACUACAAAAUAAACAGAUUUUUUUUCCAUCGCCAUACACUGUGACAUGCAAAGUUAGCUUGUUUUUACAAGAUGCGUCAUCCCUUUUGCUAGUCAAAUGUUAGUCAUCACUAAUGUCUAAUGGACAAGCCAGCGGAGCUCCACUGUCAAUUCUUUUCUUGUUACAAGCGAAGCUUGUAGGAUUUAGGCAUUGAUGAGUGAGAGAUAUGCUCUAUUAAGCUCCCCAACUGGAAAUAUGCAGAGACCCAUAAAAGUGAGAUUCUUUGCAACAAACCUUAAUUCUUUGUUUAGUGAAAAAACUCCUAAGUAUAUCGCAAUGAUUCCCACAAUCUUUUUUAAGUAAAUAACUGACCAAUGAUUAGCAAGCAUGGCCCAUAAAACAAAUUCAACCUCACUUUAAAAGAAUGUUGUUCCUUGAGAGUCUGGUGGGCCAUACCCACUUUAGAAUUCUAAUAUAUAAUGUCACAUGAAUGAACAUAUCUCCAGUGUAUCGCUCAUUAGCCCAUCAUCUCAACGAGUCUUUCUUUAUGGUGCACAUUUAUGUUGUUUCAAAUACAGAAAUCAAUUUUCUUGAACUGCAUAAAAUGUUCAGAUUGUGCUGAUCUCCUUGUUAUAUAUUUAUAUACUGAUUUUUCUCAAUCUCUUCCAACAGGGUUCUUGGGUAAUUGAAGGAGAUAAGUUGGUUGGAACAUUCAGCAGGAAAGAUAAUGGAAAGCAAUUGAAGACACACAGAGUAAUAGUUGGAGAUGAGCUUGUUCAGGUGAGUUUCAAACGAGUCUUGCAUUAUGGAGAGACAGUAAAGAUAAAGAUAGCAUGGAGUGUUAAUGUAUCUGUGUCAGUUUUAUAGUAUUAAAGGUUUUCAAUUAAAUUUGCAUUGCAUCUUUGGCUUAUCAUAAUUAAUAUAUUCCUUUUUAUUUAUUUCAGACUUAUUUAUAUGAGGGAACCGAAGCUAAGAGAAUCUUCAAGAGAGCCUAAGAGUUUUUCCAAAUUGCCCUUCGCCCCACAGUUUAUUACUACUACAUUGGCUUGACAUCAAAUUUUGUGUUAUAACAGUUUACGAUGCUUGUCCAAAACAGUUAAAAGAAGAUACACACAUUGUAAAUAUUACUCAUAGCUUCAUUCAAGUAAAACUGUUCUUAGGAUUAUUUUCAUUGUGUUCAAUAAAUUGUGUUCUUAAAAACGUG